AUCAUUCAGUAGCAUUUCAUCCGCCGAGGGAGCGGUUUCGAAAUUUUGCGUUGCCGCGUCCUCGGGAAGAUUUGGAUUGGAGACCAACCACCAAUCAGAAGCGUGUGCAGGGAGGGAGUGAGGGACGUUGACGAAGAAAAUGAUGUGUGAAAUUCGGUUAAACAUUCUCCUGGGAUGCGAAGAAUAUACAAUCUCGUCAUAAUUGGACCGGUGUGCUGUGAGUGGAAAACGAGCCCGAACCUGUGGCUGGAGCAAAGCAUUAAUAAUAAAAGAUGCGGUGUUUCUAAGAUCCGUGAGUAAGAUCUUUGUUUUUGAGAAGAAAAGUUCGCGUUGUCGUCGCACGGUGAAAAAUGGCCACAGAGCGCAUGUCUUAAAAGCAAUUAAAAUGGAUUAGUGCAACGGAUGUGAAUUAAGUCAUUGAGAGUGAAAUUUUACGCGAGUGUGACUAGACGUGUCGGUGUGCCGUAAGAUGUGAUUCGCUCAAAUCGAUUGCAAUAAAUCUAUUGGAAUGAUUUUUAGUUGUGGAUGCUGAAGUUCGAAGAAUUCACGUCAUGAUCGUUAAAUUGUGAAGAAACAUACAUUUCUUUUUACAAGGAGAGAAACCUUCAUAAUCCUACUUGCUGCUUCCGAUGCGAGAGGGGUUCACGCAAUUUGAACACAACACCUAUUAAUAAAUCAAUCGGCGCACAGUAGAAUAAUGCUACUCAACGUUUCACUACCGGCCGGCGCCCACGCGUAAUAUGAACCAAUCCGAUGGGGAUAAAGCGUUGAGUAACGAAAGGAAGAAGCUUGCCAAUAGGAAGAAAGUUGGCCAGAGCAAACAUGUGCCUGACUCCCGCUCAUCAACAGGAGGAACUGGUGGACUGCAGUCGUUUUUUCGUUGGUUCAGAAAGGACAAAGACCCGGAUCUUGAACUGCCGGAGGUGGUCAAUGUUGCCCAUCUACAGCGAAACUUUUCAACUGGAGAACCUCAGCAUGCUACGGGUAGUGCUGUGACCAGAGCGCAGCCUACUCCGAGUGCUACUCCGAGCGAGUGCUCUUCGGAUGAAGUGAGCCAAAGCCAGAGCAAUGGAACGCAUAGCUCUUCGCCGAGUCCUAGUCCAGUGAUAGACUGCAAUAACUUAUCGAAAAGUUCAAGCUGUGAUAGUAUCUUAAGCACGGCCACUACCGGGUUCGCAUUUGUGCCACCGAACUGCUACGAAGCAGUCAGUAAACGAACGGAGCGCGUCAUUAAUCCUGGUCCAUAUACUGAUAGUUAUAAGCGACGCAUUCAGGACCGGGAUCGUACACGAGAGUUGGACAAGAAGUAUGAGCUAACGCUGCGUAAGAAAUACAAUUUAUUUGCACAUCUUCGUCCUUCGGCUUCCGAAAAAGACGCUACGCUUACGAGGGAUAAUCAAAAGUCGGGUUACGUAGAUCUCAGUUUGCCGAAUGCUCCCAAGGGUGUGCUAGAUAGCUCAUGUGCUGGAGAAAACGAAGAAACCAAAGAUAUCACUGUAAAGAAACAUCGCAGAACCGUAAGUGAUAGCUCCAAAGAUAAACGAGCCGGUGCUUACUUGCACGUCAAAGGUAAACGGCGUGCACCACCUCCACCUCCAUUGAAACUUAACGCUAAUACGAAUACCCUAACGAACAGACCGAACAUCGGAACGCUCACCCAUUCAGGCUACAGUACUUUGUCUCCGGGAUCUACGCUAUCUCGAAAGAAAAGGCCUGCGCCACCGCCUCCAGUGUCACCAACAUCUCCAACUCUGAACGAAGCCACGUCUUACACGAGCCUUCUUGAGGACAAAGAAAUCAAAGCCAUCAUCGAGGGAACUCCUUUACCCCGAACGCCAGAACCGAUCAUGCCAAUGAGAAUUACUCCACUGCCGGGCAUAUCGGAAGAAAGAACCCCUGGAGGUUUAACCGAAGAGCAGAAACAACAACUGAUCGACAACAUUCGCAAAGUGCAAGCGCCCCCAGAUAGUGAUCCUCCAACUCCGACGAAUAAUCCACCCCCUACAUUUAUGCUAACCAACAACGACGUGAUGAAACUGGAAGAGAACUUCAUCAAUACUAACGGAACACGAUCACCAAUCCACGAUUAUCUAUACUCCGAAGCUAUCAACAGCACGACUAAACCGAACGUUCCCACAUCUCCGAUAUCACCACGACCGUGGUACAAGCGACCGAUAUCAGGCACGAAACAUCAGGAAAGCACCCUACCUUUCAAGAAGGAUAUCAUUCUGAAGACUAUCGAUAAGCGCAAAACCAAGCCCAAGGAAAAAGAAGAUCUUCCCGAAGUCGGCUACUGCCGAAACUCGCUUGUAGACCAUGGUGCCACUACCGGCGGACAAAGGUUUAAUCUUUUUGCCAAGAUAGCGGAAAAGUCUGAUGACACCAAACGCCGCGAAAGAGACAGUGAGAAACGGAAAUCUGGAAUAGGGAUUCCAAGCAUUAGCGAACUGGAUCGGGAAGCUGCCGAAAUUAUCCACAAGGAAAAUGCUGCCAAGAUGUGCGGCGAACAGCAAAGUGGCAAUGAGCUGUACUUUUCCGCUCCUGAACAGCUCGUGAAACGUAGUCAGUCGUUUAUGAAGAAAGUCGAACCAACACCGCAGGGCAGUCCGGAAAGAAAACCCAAGUCAACGAAGGAGUUGAUUUCUAAAUUUGAGGCGAAUUCAACGAACAUUAGUAAAGUGACGGUAAACACUUCAUUCGUUCCUAAGAAGGACUACUUCGGAGUGGAACGAAAAGAAGUAGCGCCCACACCACCAAUGCCAAUCAUUGUACUCGAUAGGGAAGCCACACCUCCUCAAGGUAUCGCCAAAACAGCAAGUGACAAGAACCUUCUUGGAUUGUGGUCCUGUCCUUAUUGCACCCUUGAGAACCCCAACUGGCGAAUCAUCUGUGAAGCUUGCGAGCGUAUUAAACCAUACGAAAAACUGAGCAUCUUGGAAGAACCACCGCUAAGACCGAAUCAUCCUCUGAAGAAACCUAUCCCGGAGCCUAAAAAUCAACCGGAGCUUGACUCACAAGCAACCGGUACAGAUGAUUGGGACAAAAAGACUGAACGUGUUUUGAAGUACUUUAUGCCCAAAACGAACCCGACAAUGGGCAAUGGAUCCCUAGGAACACCGGAGGCUCCUAAGAAGUCUUUCGGACAAGCCAAGAUGCUUGCUUCACCGAAGAUGGGCGUCAAAAGUCUGAUGAACGGCAAAUCUCCUGAUAAAUCUAAUGGAUUCCGGAACUUUAACGCAGUCCCUGAGGGAUACAAUGCUUCCAAUAAAUUUGACGAUGAAAAGCUAAAGGAAAACGCAGUGAUUGUUACUACUACACCAGUUUUGAUCGCUCCGCUGGCAUUUCCAGAAGCUAGAACUGACCAGCUUGGUUCGAGCAAGGAAGCCAUCAACUUGGACGAAGUUCGAAAUGCCAGGAUAGCCAGGUUUAGUACAAAUCUGGAAAAUGAUAGACCUACAAGUCCAGUCAAUCUAUCGGCAGCCGAGACACACACGAAGGUUCCAGAAAUGGACGACGAAGCGUUGGAGAAGGAAAAGGAACGUUUACGAGAGAUGAUACGGGCAAUGAACGCCAAGGCAUUGGCCGAUAAAUAUCCAGUUUUGCAGAAACCACCCACCAGUAGUGGCCCUUCCAAGCGGGAAUCACCUUUAGUGCAACGAAGGAAUGGUUUCGUAUCCGCAAUUCCUGUCAGUACAAAAAGCCCCAAGCCAAUGCGUAAAGCUAGUCCCACCAUGGCUAGGAGGGCUCCACCUGUGGAAGAACAUCCACCAGUCGUCGCGGAACCAUACAAAUUGGGAGCAAUCAAGAAAACGUUCCUUCGGAAACCUGAAGAAGUCAAACCAAUCACGCUGGACGAAGCGAAAAUUAUCAACCAAGAGAUUAGGCCCUUACCAAGAGACGUUGUCUCCUCAGUAAUUCCUGAAACGGUAACUGAGCUGAGUGAACCUCAGUUAGUGCUGACCAAUGACGUUCAAAAGGUGCGCUACGAAGCAAUGGAUGAGCAGCAGUUUAAGGCUAGCAACACGCAGCGUACCACUGUUCCGCUGCAGAAUCAGUUCUCCGAUCAGCAGAACGAGAAGGUUCGUCAAAUAUCCAAACAGCUGCGCUCGGCUCAAGGUGUGGAAAACUUCAAAAAUACUCUGAAAUACGCGAGUACACCAAUGAACAGAUCCAACACUUUGGCGAUUAAUAAGCUUCUGCGGAGUUUGGAAAUCGCCAUCGGGGACGGAGCUCACGACCGAGCUGCCAAGCUGGCUGUGGAUCUGGCCAAGAUGAAGGUUUCUCUUUCCGUAACACGGCAAAGCCCAGCUGGAUCGGAUACCGGUUCUACGGGGAGUUUGACCGAGAUUGUCAUUUCCAUUUACAUCAACGAUAGAACAACCCGGAAAGGACCGCUGAAGAUCAAUGUGUCCACGUACACUACCCUGGCGCAGUUGAAAGAGAAGACCAGCAGAAACUUUGGAAUACCUGCUCAGGUUCAGCGUUGGAUUUACAACGAUCGACAGCUGUGCGAGGAACACAGGACAAUGUCUGAGUACGGAAUUCAAGAUGGUGAUCAGAUGCUGCAGCUGUUCCUUGUCAGUUUAGUGCCACGACCCAUGUCGGAAGGUGCAGUGCAAACUCCAAUAAAUAGGGUGAAGGUGGAACAGAAGACUGCACCGUCGGUGAUGACCGUACAGCCUCAGUUCAGUCAUGCGGAAGCGAAGAUGCUUACAGUUUCCGAUUCGGACGGUGAAUGUUCCGAUACUCAAAACGAUCCUCAGGCUGAUGAUGAGUGCAAUCUAGGUGCCACAGCGCUUCCAACCAUUGCUGAAGACAAGGGACCACAAAAUGAUACCGAAGAGGGAUGGGCUUGUCCGCUUUGUACGUUGAUCAAUCCACCGAAUCGUCCUGGAUGUGGAGCUUGCUCGCAAGCGCGACCUUCGUCCUACGUGGUACCAGCACGCUAUCGAUCAAUGGAAGAUGACUUCAUUCCCGAGGAACUGAAGCGAUUCAUUGAAGAUGGUUUGAAUAAUUCAAAGCCAACGGUACAAUUGAGGAACCCUCCCAAGGAAACGCGUAACGACCUCAACCGAGUGUCGAACAAUCGCAAAUCGUCGGAUAUUUUCAAUAUUCUAUUGGAUGAAACCAAAGCUACUGAAACGAAUCCAGUUAAGCCGAGCACUAGCGAUUUGCUAACUACGAGACACAUUCAAGUUCCAGAACAGAAGAACAUAGUCAUGACGGCAUUUACCAGUCCAAAUAUUACACGAAACAAAUACCGUGGCGUGGACAACUUUAACCCUAAUUCGUACAACGUCGGAAGUUCGGGAAUACCGAAAGCCGAUGGCCCAGUAAUCUCAACCGCUAGUCCCAUAGUGCGUGCCGUAUUGCUGAAAGAGCACCCUAAUAAACCGGUUAAAUUUGGAAGAAAUGGAUUAGUCAUGCCCGAUGACGGUAGUGACAUUACGAAUCACUAUAUGGAAUUGGUUAAUUUGGAUUCAGCCGAUUUGAUCGCAAACGUUGAUCCAUUCGAUUGUCCCAUUUGCUUCGGCCAUUUCGAACAGUACGAGGGAAUAAUACUGCGCGACUGUUUGCACACGUUCUGCAAGGAAUGUCUGGUGAAUACGAUUAACUAUAGCGAUGAAGCGGAGAUCAAGUGUCCGUACAUGGAUACCACAUACAGCUGUGAGAGUAUAGUUCUGCAACGAGAAAUCAAGGCUCUUGUAACCAAAGACAUGUAUGAAGCCCACCUAGCGAAAUCGAUACGCCAAGCGGAGAGUAAGCUAGACAAUACCUUCCACUGCAAAACGCCCAACUGUCGUGGUUGGUGUAUCUACGAGGACAACGUAAACCAGUUCAAAUGUCCUGUGUGUACGAUUGUAAACUGCCUGACGUGCAGGGCAAUCCACGACGGGCUUGACUGCAAGCAAUAUCAAGAUCGAAUGAACAGCGACUGUGAUACGAACAUCGAAGCGAGAAGAACCAGAGACAUGCUUCAAGAGAUGGUCGACAAAGGCGACGCACUUAUGUGUCCCACGUGCCAGGUUGUCAUGAUGAAAAAGUGGGGCUGCGACUGGCUAAAGUGCAGUAUGUGCAAAACAGAAAUCUGCUGGGUGACACGAGGUCCUCGAUGGGGUCCCGGUGGGAAGGGAGACAUUAGCGGUGGGUGUCGCUGCGGGGUAGAUGGGAAGAAGUGCCAUCCAGAUUGUAACUACUGCCAUUGAAACGUUUCAGAGUGCUACAUCUCUGUGACGUACACUAUAUCGAUAGAUAGCUGUAUUGAUAACAUUAAUGCCAAAGAUGAUGAUUUGAUCGAAUUGUACCGAGAAGAUUGUGAAGGUUGAAGUAUUUAUGAUACCCAAGUAUGCGUUAAAUGUUUGGAAUUGUAUUCGACGGAAAUA